CCCACUCGCGAUAAUAAGCGCUUGGCUACGGUUAAGCCAGUUCGGACGUGGAUUUUGCUGGAUAUAGACACCAUGCCGCGGAUUUUCGACGCUAUCCUCGUUCUUUCCUUUGCGUUUGCUUUGGCUAUACCAGAUAAUGAACCGACACUCAACAGAAAAGUGUGUGACGUGUGUAGAUGUACCGUCAACAUUGUCGAUUGUUCGAAUCGGAACCUUACGUCGAAUCUGGACGAUCACGAAUGGCCGAGUACACCGUUGGAGUUGAUCACUUUUGAAAACAAUCAAAUCGCUAAAAUCAAACCAUUUACCAGUAACGUCGUCGUCAAAGCAAUCAAACUUUGCCACAAUAAGAUCGACAUGAUCGAGCAUCAUGCUUUUAAGUGGACUUACAAUCUCACGGAGCUUGAUUUGAGUCACAAUUUGCUUACCGCUGAGAACCUUAUGCCUUAUGCUUUCGAGGGACGAUUUCAACUAGACGCUUACGCACCUCUGAAAAAACUGCAAGUUUUGAAUCUAUCGAACAACUUGUUACACUCAAUCAACCGCGAUCUUUUCGAGCAUACUAAAGAUUUGAGAACGUUAAUAUUGUCAAACAAUCCGUUGGAAGGAAUCGACGUACCGGUUAUGUAUUCAUUCGCCGAGUUGCCGUAUCUCGAAGAAUUGCAUCUCAGUAACUGCAGUUUAAAGAAAGUCGACGAAGCUAUUUUGCAUUCAUUCAGAUUCUUAAAGAAGUUGAACAUUAGUUACAAUAAUUUCUUCGUACUUCCCGAUGCUUUGAGCCAGACAAAGCCAUUAGAAGUUCUCAUAAUGGAUGGCAAUCCUAUCGAAUUGUUAAACGAAGCUAAUGAGUUUCCAUUAAUGCCAAACUUGAAAGAAUUGCAGAUGAAUAAUAUGACUAGAUUACUCGCUAUCGACAAAGGGUCUCUUUCCAAUCUCGAGAACCUCGAGAUUUUAUCGAUUGAGAACUGCCCGCUGUUGGAAGAAAUCGAUGAUGAAGCACUUGCCAAAAAGCAAGAACAAGGAACUACAACGUGGCCUCCACUGAAGAAGCUGUAUCUGUCGAACAACGCACUGCGCUAUUUACCGGCAAGCCUGGUCGCGAGAUGGGAUAAACUCGAAGAAUUGCGCAUAACGAACAACCAAUGGAGCUGCGAUUGCGACAAUCAAUAUCUCAUCAGUACACUGCUUGUCGAGCAAGGAAAACGUCUAAUGGGUACCAACGUAAUCGCAUCGCUCACCUGUUCAGCACCACCAGAGCAUCGUAACCGAACUCUCAUGUCACUCUCCAAUCGCAAGCUUCGCUGUCUGGAUUACUAUGGUGCCCGACCGGAACGCGACGCUGCCGUUCUCGUGGGUAUGCUACUUGGAGUUUUACUAGCCGUACCAGUGGUACUCGUGAUAUUCAUCUUCUGGAAGAGAGGAUUCUUCUUCUGCGGACGACAGGGUCCUGCGAGUUUUUCGCGUGCUUUUUAUAAACGCGCAGAGCCUUGCGACUAUGAUAUUUAGGAAUACAGACUUUCUUUUGUUUUUUAUACUUUUUUGUAUUACUGAAGAGCGUUAUGUUUGACUUAAUUACAAAUUUUAUUAUUUUGCUUGCUUGUGCUUCGAUUCGUUUAUUCGCGAUGGAUAUUUUAUACGUUAUAUUGAUUGUACAGGAAUGUUAUUCACAAGAGUUACUGUUUCAUUGAAAAGGAAUGUACAAUCCGUCGAUUACUAUUUUAGUCCCAGUGUUUUCUUAUAACAAUUUUAUUUUUACACCAUGCCAGAGAACAAAAAGAUUAUAUCAAAUGUACAUUUAUAAUAAAU